AAUUAAAGUUUCUUUUUCUCCGCACCACUUUCUCACUGCACAUUAACACACACACACACACAAAAAGCUCCUCAAAUCAAUCUUUCGCCGGAGAUACUACGAACGGGUGACGAUGAAGCGGACUACCUCAUCGAACUCGGAAGCGCAGAGCUACGUCGAAUCACCACUCUCACCUCUCCGAUUCCAUUCUCCUCUCUCAGACGCCGGAGAUCCACCGGAGAGCCGUUACGUUUCCCCCGAGGGAUCUCCUUUCAAACUCGACAACAACCCCAAGGCGAUCGUAACCGACGGCAAGUUCCCGCCUCUUCCUCCUCCGCCGCCUCCUCCUCAGUUCCCGCCGCGGAAUCAGAGGAGCGCGAGAGGAGCCCCGACGAACUCUUCCUCCGAGAAGUCUCCGUCGUCUAUGGUGGUGUUCAACCGCUGGGUGAGAGAGGAAGGUCCACAAACCGAGACGAGGAAGGUCGGAGGAGGUGGAGGAGGAGAAUCGGGGAUGACGAUGGCGACGGCGGUGAACAGAGCAAGACGAGAUGAAUUGGUGAGUAUGGCGGCGCUAGGGUUUAGAGUGAGCGAAGUGAUUUUGUGCGUGAUUUCGUUUUCGAUCAUGGCGGCUGAUAAAACGCAAGGGUGGAGCGGCGAUUCUUAUGAUCGUUACAAAGAGUACAGGUAUUGUUUGGCUGUAAACGUUAUAGCAUUCGUAUACUCCGCGUUUGAAGCUUGCGACGCUGCUUGCUACAUCGCUAAAGAGACUUAUAUGAUAAACUGUGGAUUUCAUGACAUCUUCGUCUUCUCCAUGGAUCAACUUCUUGCGUAUCUUCUGUUGUCGGCUUCUUCAUGCGCUGCUACUAGAGUUGAUGAUUGGGUAUCUAAUUGGGGGAAAGAUGACUUUACUCAAAUGGCAACCGCUUCUAUUGCGGUUUCUUUUAUAGCGUUUGUGGCGUUUGCGGUCAGCGCUUUGAUUUCUUCUUACAGGCUCUUCACCCAUGCUUCCUCUUAGUUACAUCCCUUUUGUCUUUGUAUAGCCUCUCUUAUAGCUACUCUUUCUGUGAUUAAUAUUUUCAAUAUAUUUUAAAAUAAGGCAAGCAUCAAAUGAAUGAAGUUACUUGUGAAUCAA